UGUUUUUAUAAGAAUUACAAGAGGUUUGCCUGGUUUGGGCGUGUCUUGUAAGUUGUUAUAAUCAUUUGUGAAAUCGGAAGUAACGGCUACUAAACACAAGGAAAUCUCUUUCAAUGCUUUCUUGUCCUCUACUCCAACUAUUAAGGAGCUAACGGAGCAUGUUAAUGUUAGUACUAACUGGUACCUUGUUGGUACAAUGCUUGACUUGGAUCAGAGACGAUUGAAAAGCAUUGAAGCACACACUGGCCACACUGUCGCGCACAAGAUGAUAGAGAUGUUUAAUCUAUGGCUGGACACUACUCCUAAAGCUAGUAGAUCUAGGAGAAAAGUGCUGGAAGCAUUGAGAAAGAGUGUAGUAGGAGAGAACACAAUUGCUGAUGAAUAUGAAAAGCAUUUGAGGGACUUACAUGAAACAACUUAUGUACCAUUAUCUGCUGAGGCAGUUUCUAUUCUUCGAAGGAAUAUUCAGUCAUUGAAUGAAGCUCUUGUCUCUCCUGUACAAGUGUCUCAACUGUUAUACUGUAAGAGAUGUAUAAGUGAAGAUACUCUGGAUGAAAUGGAGAGGAUAGAUCAGAGAAGGUCACUGGAUGACAAGAAGACCACUCUAUUGACUGCCAUGCAAGAAACAGUGUCUAGCGACUACAGGAAACUUAAAGAUAUUGCUACAGUGCUGUUUGAUGUUGAAGAAACAAAAGAUAUAGGAAAUAAAAUGAUGACCAAAUAUAAAGAGAAAAUUCCUCAAGAUGAUGAUAGUGCAUUAGUACAACCACAGGAGACAGCAGGCAGCAAUGAAGAUUGUGCUAGUGAUAUAUUGAAGAAUCAUUACAGUGCUCUCUCUCAGUCAAUUACUGAACCAGUUCAUAUGGCAAAGUUGCUUCAUGACGAGGUUAUAUCUGAUGAGGUUCUGUCUUGUGUCAUAUCUACCAGAGGUUCUGUCUCUGACCGUAGAGCAGUUCUCCUCAAAGCUGUAUGAGAUGCUGUUCACUCUAAUUACAAACACCUGGAGUUGUUUGUUACUGUAUUGCGGAAGUUCCCAGAGACUGCUCAUAUU